AUGCAAUCCACCAUACAUGUCACUCCCACUGACCACGACGUUGAUGCUCAUGCGCCGGCCAGUACUUAUUACACGACUGGAAGUAACUCCAGUGGUGCUCUGAACCGAUUAAAAUCCUAUACACGACGAACGGGUACAGAAACCUUUUCAGCCCACUCGAUACCUCGUAGACGACGAGCUUCACAUGAUGAUAAGAACAAGGCACGCAAGUUUCUUAUUGACGUGCAAGAGACGCAACGUAUUAUUCUGGAACAGGAAGACACCGAUGGCGAUUUCCAAAUCACCAUAAAUGACUUAGGCCCAAAAACGUUAACGGUUGGCACAGCAGACUCCGGUGGCUAUAAAAAAAUCGAAAUCCGUGGAACCUAUAUGCUAUCCAACCUUUUGCAGGAACUGGCCUUGGCAAAUGAUUAUGGCCGCAAGCAUAUUGUGUUGGAUGAAGCUCGCUUGAAUGAAAAUCCCGUCGACCGCUUGUCACGCAUGAUACGGCACCAUUUUUGGGAUGGCCUGACUAGACGCAUCGACGCAGACGGUUUGGAAAUUAUCUGUGCGGAUCCAAAAAACCGGUCAGCCGAUCACAACCCACGCAUCUACAUUCCAUACAGCGAAACCGAAGUCUACGAAUAUUACAAAGAGAUGGCUGAGGCCCGAAAGCACCUAAACUUGGAGGUCGAACUUUUACCACAAGAAAUCACCCCACAGUAUGUUAAAAGCAUCAAUGACCGACCUGGCAUUCUUGCCUUGGCCAUGAAGAAGACUCAAGACGCCAACGGAAAGGCAUCAUUUGUAGGCGUUCCCUUUGUUGUUCCAGGUGGUCGAUUUAAUGAAAUGUACGGAUGGGAUUCGUACUUUGAAACGCUCGGUCUGCUAGUGGACGGUCGAGUCGAUCUAGCCCAGAGUAUGGUCGAAAACUUUGUUUACCAAAUACUUCACUAUGGGAAAAUCUUAAAUGCCAAUCGAUCAUACUAUCUUACUCGGUCACAGCCCCCGUUCUUGACCGACAUGGCACUCAAAGUAUACGAGCGACUGCGAACCGAUAGGGAGGAAGAGAAUAAGGAGUGGUUGCGAGAGGCAUUCAAGGCAGCUAUCAAGGAAUACCACACCGUCUGGAUGGCUGAACCUAGACUCGAUAAGAAAACCAUGUUAUCAAGAUUUUAUCCCACUGGUCUGGGUAUUCCGCCCGAAACCGAAGCAUCUCACUUCGAUCAUAUCAUCGAGCCUUACGCAAAGCAAUACAAUGUCACUAUCCCUGAAUUCAACGACCUCUAUAACAGUGGUAAAGUCAAGGAACCAAAGCUAGAUGAUUAUUUCCUGCAUGACCGAGCAGUACGCGAAUCUGGCCACGACACUACCUAUCGUUAUGAAAAAAGAUGCGCCCAUUUGGCCACCAUUGAUCUCAACGCUCUUUUGUACAAGUACGAAAUGGACAUCGGCGAAGCCAUCCAAGAUAUCUUUGAAGGAGACUUAGAGGAUUACGAAGGCAUACCACAAAAUGCUGAAGUAUGGUUUGAACGAGCGAGAGUGCGUAAGGAACGUAUUGACAAAUACCUAUGGAAUGAAGAGAAGAGUCUUUACUUUGAUUACGAUACCGUCAAGGAAGAGCAAAGCAUAUACGACACCGUCACGGCGUUCUGGGCGAUGUGGGCGGGGUGUGCUAGUCAAGAACAAGCAGAAAAAAUGACUAAAAACUCUCUCAUCAAGUUCGAGGUAAUAGGUGGUCUGGUAUCCGGUACUGAAGUUUCAAGAGGUGUCAUAUCAUUGGACCGACCUAAUCGACAAUGGGACUUUCCAUUCGGCUGGGCUCCUCACCAAAUAAUGGCAUGGCGGGGCUUUGAAAAAUAUGGAAUGCUUGAUAUCGCUAGACGAUUGGCGUACCGAUGGCUUUUUACCAUCACCAAAUCAUUUGUUGACUUCAAUGGCGUUGUGCCGGAAAAGUUUGAUGUGGUCAGCUUGACCCAUAAGGUGGAGGUAGAAUAUGGCAACGUUGGUGUCGACUUCAAAUUCGUACCAAGAGAAGGUUUCGGAUGGAUGAAUGCUUCAUACCAAGUCGGUCUUAGCUAUCUCAAUACACAAAUGCGACGUGCCCUUGGAACUUGUACAAACCCCGAUCUACUUUUUGAGCGUUCCCUUGCUAGAGAAAAUGCUCUCAAGACAGCUGGUGCUAGCUUACAUCGCCGCAAAUCCUCAGAAGCUGCUGCUAUUGCCAUCACUCAAAACGGUUCCAUCAACGCCGCCAUCACAAGAGUAGCUGCUGACUCAGGCAUUGGAGGUGGUUCUGGCUUGGUCCCGUCCGACAACUACGAAACGGUGAGCUCCCCAAUGACGCUGCACCCAGAUAGCCAUUACGCACUGAAAUAA